GGAAAGCCUGGAGUUUCGAUACCGUCCAUCACUCCAGCAGCAAGUUCAGGACCUGCUUCGUCUGCCAGCGCGUCUGGCUCGUCACAAACCACCGAGCCCACAAGCUUACCUGCAAGCGACGGAAUCAAACCUGCAACUGCAGCGGGAAUUGCUGUAGGUUGCCUUUUAGCAGGUGCAUUGAUUGCUGGCUUACUCGUCUGGUUUUGCUCGAAACGCAGACGGCCUGCGACCGGCGUGCGUGAUUCUGAAGCGAGUACGGUCGCCUUGAUGCAUCGCGAGAAGGGCGCCACGGCCAAUGUAGUGUCCAUUUCGAAUGGAAGUCCGAUCACCUCAACACUCGAAAAUGGCCUCCCUCAACCAUUGGAAGACCAGGCCAUCUCUGGUGAAAUAUCGAAGAUCAGCAACCUGAUCAAGAACCACGUUCAAAGCUACUACCAUAGCCGUACUGUUAGCCCUGGAAUGAUCGAUUAUGACGAUCUUCAAGCUCUUGGAGAGAACCUUCCAGUAUCAGUGGGAACCCUGAGCACGCUGCUCAACAACUCGGCAACUCGCGAGAUAGCGCUGAGGUUUAUUCUUGCUUGGGUGGUAACAUCGCGGAUUCAACUAAACAAUUCUUCAAACACAACGUUCCUGCCACCAGAGGUUGCAAAAUGCAUGCAGUCGAUGAACCACGCGGAGCACCCAUCGCGAGUGCACUCGCUAUUAUACACCAAAUGGCGUGCGCUCACGGCCGAGCUUCUGCAGCCUACCCACGUUCGGAACCCUUUCUCUGGUAGCGACGGUCGAAUUCGGAAUAUACAGGCUGCCGCGACACUUCUCGACAGCGUGCUACGGCCGUUCGCUGAUUCUCGUAUGGACGACGGAGCACGAAGUCGAAAUCUGGAGGAGAUGCUCAAGCGAUCAGCCCAAUUCGCCUUCACGCUUUUCUCACAACCGAGUGCCUGGGAUUUCGACUGGCAGGAUGAGCAAAGCGUUAAGUCGGGCAGCCUGUGUAUUUUUCCUGCCCUUGUGCAAGUCGCAGAUGAGAACGGAGAGCCUCUACAUCCGCCACGCCCAUUCAGUGAGGCCGUAAACCGACGUCUUGACGAAUGAGCAAUGUAGAAUCAGAGAUGCAUCUAAUCAUUUUAAUCACUCAGGUCGCCACAUAUCUUGGUCGGAGAUCGUGACUUUCAUCCGCUCCUUGGGGGCCUAAACACAGCCCUGUUGGGGUCUUGAGAAGGCGUUGCUAGUCGUUUCGUGUGGAUGACUAGCGAGGACCGAGCAAGACAAAGCGGCCCCUAAACAAUAGACAGUUUUCGACUGCGCACCUACAAGAGCUCCAAUUGGCGUUACGUUAGCUAUUUCCGGCCUUGAUACAUGUAGUAUCACGUAGAUCAGAUGCACAUCAAUUACACUUU